AAUCGAUGAUAUCUAAAGAAAAUAUAAAUUCAAGAGAGUGACAGUGCAAGAUAUAGAAGAGCUUGUUAUCAGUUGUCCCAAGCAAAGAUUUGGUCUAAAGGAAGAAGAUGGUGUAUACUACAUUAAGGCUAACCAAGGCCAUUCAAUACAGGUAGAAGAUCCAGAGUUGACAGAAAUCACUCUUGAGGACAGGGUGCUAGAGGUAGUCCAUGGGACAUAUUACCGCCAUUGGCCUAGCAUCAGGGAGCAGGGUCUGAGUCGCAUGAAUAGGACGCACAUUCAUUUUGCCCCAGGUUUACCAGGCGACUCAUCUGUCAUAAGUGGCAUGCGCUCUUCUUGCCAGCUGUACAUCUGGAUCAAUUUGCCCAAGGCACUGGAGGAUGGUUUUAAAUUCUACAAGUCUGCAAACAAUGUGAUAUUGUGUCCGGGUAAUGAAGAGGGAUUUUUGCCUCCAAAGUACUUUGCAAAAGCUGUAGACAAGAGAACAGGUGGAGACUGUCUUUAAAGAGCACAGCAGAUAUUACUCCCAAGUGUUUUGUGCAUCAGUUGAGAGAUUUGAACCAUGAGUGUCUGAAAUUAACAAAGAGAAAGUGUUACAUUAUAAAAGAACCUUUCACAUUUUUAUUUUUAAAAAGGAUUUUUUUUUUCCUUUUUUUUUCUCCCUCUGAAGUUAUUUUUGUGCACAGUUUAUUACUGAUUUUAGCAUACUCCAUUCAACAAUGAGAUAUCUCUGUGUUGGAUGGGUGUUUUGUGGAAGUAUAAUAGAUAGUCUUUCUAGUGCAUCAUCUAAGACUGGAAGCUGUGUAGAAUUUUUAAAAAAAUAUGCAAUGAAACUGAUAUCUGUUUGAUAAAAGUGAACAUAGUUGAUCCAUUUACCAAUCUAGAAACAUUAUUGAGUAGAAUAUCCAGGGUGCAAUAAAUGCAGGAUGGCAGAAGUAACAGUAAAGCCAAAACAGGAAAGCCAGACCUGUUUCUUUUGCAAGACGGGGCCACUUGACAAACUUGUGUACAUAACUCACAUACUGGGCAAACGGCAUCAGAAGAACCUCAAAAACAGGAAUCAGCCUCCAGCUAGUGAUGUGGCACGCCGCACAGUUCAUGUCUCAGGUUAUGAUGCAAACACCCAAAUUGAAACUAUCUUAGGGGCCUUUUGGAAGCACAGAGUGCGGAAUGUUAAUUACCAGCAAGGGUUUACCUUUAUUGAGUUUGAUACUGUUGACAUAGCCCAGGAAGUGCUAAAACAGAAGUAUAGCAUAGGAAACAAACCAUUGAAAGUUAGUGCUAAACGUCAGAAUAAUUCGCGGAAUGAUGGUGCUGAGGCUCUUGUGCUUAGUCAGUUUUUAGAGAACAUGCUGAAGCAGAGGGUGCCUGCCAAUCAGAUCGACAACCAGAUUUAUUCCAUUAUCAGAGAAAUUGAGCUUAGGCCAGAGGACUACCAAUGCAGGGAAUAUCUGAGGAAAAGUAUGAUGGAGUUUCUUGCACCACAUUUUCCAAAGGUGUUUGCCUAUGUCUUUGGAUCCUCUGCUAAUAACUUGGGCUUUGUUGGCUGUGACGUGGAUCUCUACAUGGAUCUCGGAGUGGAUCCGUGGGCGCAGGGAUCAAAAAGUGAGAUGGAUAGCAAAGCCAGUGAUUUGACAUGGUACUUAGCAAGAGAAAUUCGAAGAUCUCGACGGGGGAUAAAUGUUCGUGCAGUUGCCCGAGCAAGAGUCCCAAUUGUCAAGUUUAUAGAUUCUGUAACAAGAUUGCAGGUUGAUCUCUCUUUCAAGCACGGUAUGCCUGUGUACAACACUGCCCUCAUUUGCCAAUAUACUCGCACCCAUUACCUUGUGCGGCCAUACCUCAUGAUCAUAAGAUUCUGGGCAAAAAUUCAGGGAAUAACCGGGGGUGGACAACCAGCUACCCUGAUCACCAACUAUGCCUUUACAAUGCUCAUGCUUUUCGUCCUUAUGUCCCGGAGUGACCCAGUUGUGCCAUCAGUAGCCCAUCUGAAGAGACUGUACCAAGGGGACAUGGCUGGUCAGUGCAUUGUAGGUGGCUGGGACUGCGGCUUUGGGCGGAAUGUUGUGGAAUGGAGUGAGAGAAGACACAACACAAGUGUCUUUGAGCUUAUAACAGAAUUCUUUGAUUAUUAUGGAAAGUUUGAUGCAAAGAAAUGGAUGGUAUGCCCUCUAGCUGGUUUUUUGGUUGAAAGAUCAAGCAUAAAAGAAAGGAAUCUUAGGAAGUUGCCAUCUUGUAUGGACAUUUACUGUAGGCAGGAUGUAAACAUACAAGUAGAUACACCCAUUUGUGUUCAAGAUCCUUUUGAGCAUAGUCAUAACAUCACAAGAGGCCUUCGUGAUGCUCCACUGGCCGAGUUUCAGUUGAAGUGCAGAAGAGCGGCUGAGAUUUGCCGCGAUGUACUUAAAGGCAAAGAGUCUCUCGGAAAACUGCUUGAGCCUAUUGAAAUUUCCUCCGAAGAUUUGACAGAGAUCACAAUCACAGAUGAUGAGAGCCCUGAGGAGGUUGACCAGUCUCAAGAAGUUAUCACACUGGAUGAUUCUGAUGCAGAUACAUCCCAAGAUUCCAUUGAGAUAUUAGACAUUCCCAAGAAGAAUGGAGGAGAAAUUUCAGUGUCUCCAGUACCUGGGCCAAGCACUGCUGUUGGAACUGAAGCUAAAAAAGUAGUAGACUGUAGUGACAUUAUCAUUAUUAAUGAAGGAAGUUCAAAAAAGAAAAGGAAUGAGGCCACAGCAAAUGGUGUACAAGAAAAGGAAAUGGAGUUAAAUGGUGUAAUAUCUCAAACCUCGGAGGAGUUGGAGCUGGUAAUGAACCAAACAGAGACUGGUCCAGAGCAAAAACUUUACAAAUAUCCCCUGGAUUUUAAAAACUGCACUGAAUUCACAGUUACUGCUGACGGGGAAGUGUCUAGAGGUAAAGGAUCGAUGACUGGAGCAAAUGAUAUUGGACAGGCUGCUUCUAGUUUAAUUCAUUUUGUACUGAAGCAGUGUCUUAAGAUUGAUGUAUCAAUAGUCGAGGUCACAUCUUCCAGCAAGAAAAGAAAAUCUGAGAGUCCAGAAGACGACUCUGAAUCUGGCAAGCGGAGGAAAGUUCGAGAUGGAGUCGGUGUGUCUGUUGCCAUGAAGUACCGCCGCGUGGCUCAAUAUGACUGCACAUCAGAGUCAAAACUGUGGAUUGGUCGGAAGAUGAUGUCCAAAAGAAUUCCUCAGGAGGUGAACAGCAACCCCUUGAAGCAUGAGAUGGCUAUCACAGCUGCGCAGAUCCAGAUCAGCGAUGGUAAAUCGGCUCCCAAGGCUGAGUUGCUAGAGUUCACACUUGGGGUUUGGCAGGAGUGUGAAAACCCUUGUAAAAUCUUAGUGACUGGGGAUUCAAGGUCUGAUGAGCGCAUCACCCGCAGCCAAAUGGCCAAUAUGUACGCUUACUUGAGCUCACUUUCGCAGCAGCUGCUUAGAAGAGUUCAACAUUAUGUUAAUCUUCAAACAGAAAUAGUGCCAAGUGUUUCAGAACUCAAGGAAGGAAAUUCUACUUAAAGCCUUUUUUGUUAUGUUUGUUCAGCAAGAUACACAGUUAUGAUAUAAGGACGAUGAAAGAAGAUAAAGGCAAAUUAAUUUUUAAGUAAGUGUUCUGAUCUCUACAAGUCUCUUUUGUUUAUAUUCCAUUUUCAACUGUACAUUUAUGACUUCAAAUGUAGGGAAUAUGUUUAGCAGGAGGAACAGUGAUUGUUCAAGCACAAUGAUUUUACCAUACCAGUCGAUGACUUCUUUAAGGAUUAUUUUAUUUUGAGUGAGCUGUAUGCGAGUCAGUGAGGAUCUAGAAGUGUGAAUGAAUUAUGCUCGUUGUAUGUUUUUUCUUGAUGCUUUUCUUUUCAGAGUGUGUGUGCAAUGGAUAAGUGUUUAUAAUGAAGAUUUACUUGUCAGUGAUUUGUCUUGUGGUGAACUUUUCGAGAGUUGUAGAUGCAAAUAAAAAAAUUAAAAAAAGGUAA